AUGUCUUCCUCCACCCUCUCAGGCCAGCACCGCUUCAUCAACGCCGUCUACUACCCGAGCUGGCGCAUCUACCGCGGCCUCGCCCCUUCAUCCCUCCAACUCGACAGCAUCAACCGCGUCUUCUACGGCUUCGCGCGCCUCAAUGAAGACGGCACGCUCCGGCUCCUCGAUCCGCACGCCGACCUCGCCAUAGCGGCCGACGGCGAACAGGGCUGCCUCGCCGCCCUUGCCAAGCACCAGCACCGUCACCACCUCCACCACCACCUGCAGACACUCGUCGCGCCGCGCCGUCGAGGCCGCGCCUGCCGGGCCUUCGUCGACGAGCACGGCCUCGACGGCGUGGACAUCGACUGGGAGCACCCCGCCACCGCCCACGAUGGCGUGAACUACAUCGCCCUACUCCGCGCACUGCGCGCGGCCCUGCCCGCCGACGCGUACUGCCUGCAGCACAUCACCCUCCCCGCCGCGGCACAGUUGCCGGACAGCCUGAAUCUCAUGGCGUACGACUUCACCGGGCCCUGGACGGACGCCAGCGGCCACCACGCCCAGCUCCUCACGCCUCCGGGCGAGGAUCUUCACUCGGCGGAGCGGCACAGCGGCCACGGCGGCGUCGAGUACCUCCUCGCGCACAACUUCCCGCCGCAAGAUCGGGCGCACGGCCCGGGCCAGCCGUUCGGCGAGGCGGCCGAGAUGGACUACUGCGAGCUGCCGGCGGACUGGAUCCGGGAUGCGCGGGUCGACGGGGAAGUGUGUGCCGCGAGUUAUGUCGAUCACGCGCCUGAUGGGAAGGGCUUCGUGAGUUUCGACGUGCCCGAGACGGUGAGGCGGAAGGCGGAGUACGUCAGGCACAUGGGACUCGGCGGGCUGUUCUACUGGACCGGCGUGGGGGACGUGAUGGGGCCCGGGAGUCUUGUUCGUGCGGGAUUCGAGGCACUCAAUAUCAAUGGAUGA